UAAACACGUCGACAUGGAGAAGAUAAACAGAAAAGUAGCACAGCAGCUGCUGACGUUGUGUAUACCCGAAAAUGGCCUAUGAAUGUUUAUAGAAACACGUUUUAUGUCAUGUGUUUAAGCUUAUGUGUGUUAUACUGAACGCCCGUCGCUAAAGAAGCAGCUAAUGUUGUGUCUCCUGUGAUUGCAGGGUUGUGAAAACAUGGACAGUGACCUGAGUCCACAGGAUAAGAAAGACUUGGACAAGUUCAUCAAGUUUUUUGCCUUGAAGACUGUUCAGGUGAUUGUCCAAGCUCGCCUCGGGGAGAAGAUCUGCACUCGCUCGUCUUCAUCACCCACCGGCUCAGACUGGUUUAAUCUGGCUAUCAAAGAUAUCCCAGAGGUCACUCAUGAGGCCAAGAAGGCACUGGCCGGCCAGCUUCCGGGCAUCGGCCGGUCAAUGUGUGUGGAGAUCUCCCUGAAGACCUCAGAGGGUGACUCUAUGGAGUUAGAAACUUGGUGCCUGGAGAUGAAUGAGAAGUGCGAUAAGGACAUUAAGGUGUCCUACACCGUCUAUAACCGGCUGUCGGUCCUUCUGAAAUCUCUGCUGGCCAUCACCAGAGUAACUCCUGCCUAUAAGCUGUCCAGAAAGCAGGGGCACGACUACGUCAUAUUAUACAGAAUCUACUUUGGUGAAGUCCAGCUGGGUGGAUUAGGAGAAGGUUUUCAGACGGUGCGUGUCGGUGUUGUCGGCACUCCAGUUGGCACGGUUACGCUGUCAUGUGCCUACCGCACCAACCUGGCAUUCAUGUCCAACAGGCAGUUUGAAAGGUCGGCUCCGAUCAUGGGAAUCAUUGUGGAUCACUUUGUGGAUGCUCCCUGCGGCAAUCAGCGUCCCAUCAACAUGGGGCAGCCCUGCAACUACAGAGCCCUGGAUGAGGAAGAUGGAGGAGCAUUUGCUUCAGUCCAGGACUCACAGGAGGUCUGCACCACCUCCUUCUCCACCUCCCCUCCCUCUCAGUGUGUCUGCACACUGAGUCCGUCCCCUUCCAAACUGUCCAAGCCACUCCCGCUGGACAGUCUUCAGCUCCCAUUGGCUCCAGGACUUGUCACUCACAAUCUCUAUGCAUCCAAGUUAUCCUACCAGCCUGGACCUACAGGGGGACCUGCCGAGUUCAAUACGUACCAGGGUUUACAAGCAGGGAAAGAAGGAGGGAUCGUUCUGGUUCCUGCUCAGCCUCCUCAUGGAGCAGAUGUCCAUCUGACAGUAGAAAACCCUCCGAACACACCGAGCAGCAGUGGCGAUGAAGACGGCCUGUUGCAGAGUGGUGAGGGAAGGAGUGUCUCUCCCUCUGACCCAGUGGAGUCCCUCAACACGUUCACAAGGAAGGUCGGAGCUUUUGUGAAUAAACCCAGCACUCAGAUAACAGCUGCCACUCUGGAUCUCCCAUUCGCUGCAUUUGCUCCUCGUGGCCUGGACUCAGAGGAGAAUGAUCCCAUGGUGCGUCCUCCGGACUCUCCUACCAGCCAGUCCCCCCUGCAGGCCAGUCUUCACUCUCAGGGCUCAGACGGAUCGGGACAGCAGGACGACUUCGUCAUGGUCGACUUUCGGCCUGCUUUCUCUAAAGACGACCUGUUGCCGAUGGAUCUGGGCACCUUCUACAGAGAGUUUCAGAACCCUCCACAGCUGGCCAGCCUCUCACUUAACACCAGCUCCCAGUCCAUGGCUGAUGACCUGGACUCGCUGCCGGAGAAGCUGCGCGUCUAUGAGAAAAACAUCGAUGAAUUUGAUGCUUUUGUGGACAUGCUUCAGUAGGAUGAACGAAUGAGAAGACAACCUGGGACUAAAAGUUGAAUUAAUCAGAAGAAUGGGGGAAAUCUCAUGUUUGUCGUGUGAGAAUUACAUAGAUUGCAUCAUGUUUAAAGCUCUUUGUGUCUGAAAACUUCCUACCAGUUCACUUAUAGUCUGCUUCACUGUACAUACUGUAAUAUCUGGUGACACUGGCUCACAUACAUCGCUGUCUGGUCUGGUAGUGGUAAUCAAACUGACAGUUUUAAUUUAUGUGUUGCAUAAAUCUGCUCUUGUAGUCAAAUGAGCAUGGGAGAGCCAUGCCAAUCAUAGGACGGAGCGCCGAUUCUAAUGGACAGUUGUUAGUAAAGCCCUUUACCAUUUCUGCUAACCUGUGAAGGUAAAAAUUCAGAUUUUCAACAUGUCUAAAAAUGUAUUUUUCCUUUCUUUUUGAAGGUUACACAUAACCCUACAGAGUAUCUGCUCAUUGUUUUUUUUUCCAGCCUGAAAAGGCUCAUUUAUAGUGCAGAGCCUGCUGUUCCCAGCUGGUCUGGGGAUUUAGACAACCAUUUUGAUGCAUUUCCAGUGAAUCAGCUGCAGUUUCUCUGUGAGCAGAGCCCACAUGUCAGACUGCAGUCAUAAAGCUCAAUCUAAUGCCUCAGAGAUGGCUAUAAAAACUGAGCGUAACAGGUCCGUAAGGCCUACCCUUAAAUCAGCUCUCUAUCAGUUCAAACAUGACCUCCCUGAGGCUCUGAUUUAUCCCAGGCCAGUUGCAUUGCUAAUAAAUAACUGUCCAACACAUUAAUGUGUACUGUAUGAAAUAUGUAAAGAGAAUGCAUAAUUCCCAGCUAGCUACAGAAUUCAUGGCCGAGGUUGGAUGAAAGCUUUAAUUUAAAUCAUUUAGUCGAUGUAGAUGUCUUAAUAAAGCAUGGCUGCUCUGUUUA